UUAUGAUCACGUGUUCUUUCAUCGUUUUGCUUUGSACACAAAUACCACACCGAUCAAGCGCUCGUCAAAUACCAGCUAAAUUCCUGGACAAAUUCCUUGAGCAGCUGAGACUAAAUACAAAAUUAUUUGAUGACGCAARUCUGGAAAAGUACGCUGUCAUGUUUGAUGCGGGCUCAAGUGGAACAAGAGUCAAAGUUUAUAAGUACAUAAAGAGAAAUGGUGGUCUAAAAGUUAAUGAUUUCCAACAGCUUCAUGUCCCAAAACCCAAUAAAGUCAAACCUGGUUUAAGUGCCUUUGCUAAGAAUACUAGUGCGAUAGGCGAGUAUUUAAGACCUCUCCUUGAAGCUGCCAAGAGGAUCGUACCCGAUAACAAAGAAGCCUCAACGAGCCUGCGCCUGUUUGCUACCGCUGGUAUGCGCCUGCUUAAAGACGCCGAGGCGAAGGCMAUCUUAGAUAAAGUCGACGCAUUUCUGACGAACAAAGAGAUUAACACCUUCUCUUACAAGAAAGGUUAUUCCAAGGUCAUYAGUGGUCAGGACGAAGCAGUCUACGACUGGGUCACCGUUAAUUUCUUGAAAGGYACAUUUUCUGGUAAUACUAUUAAGAAGUCKUAUGGCGCUCUUGAUAUGGGCGGGGCAUCGCAUCAAAACGCCUUUCAGCUUAAGAAGAUCUUAGCCAGAUASAAACCGGACACUGUUCACUUGGACAUCGCAGGAAAAUCAUACAACAUCUUCGCGCACAGCUACCUGGGAGGAGGCGAAGCCGAGGCCAGAKCGAAGUUCCUCAAGAAACUCGUGGAAAGCCAAACACGUUAUGCAAAGAUCGUGUACAGCCCAUGCCAUAACUACGGCAUCAUAAGACAUGUCACCGUUGAUUCCGAACAGUACGAGAUAAGAGGUGCCUUCCAUGGUCAAAGCUGCCAAGAAAUGAUGAAAAGGUAUUUCUUUUGUAACCGAUGUGAUUACAAGAACCAGCCAAGACUKGUCGGAGACUUCUAUUCGUUCAGYGUCUUCUCUUAUGCCUUUAAAGCAACUGGAGUUGUUACGCGCGAUGAUGAGUUGGUUCCAAUAUCGAAAAUCGACACCAGCCUGACAUCCUUUUGCAACAUGCGAAGUGAUCAGUUUGACUACAAAGCAGAUCCUUAUCCAGAUAUACGUUGCUUUCAAUUAAAUUACAUCAAAGCACUGUUAAAGUAUGAGAAACCUUGA